AUGGAUACUGAGAACGAGCAAAUGGCAUCGUCGGAUCCUGUACAACCCCUGCGCCUAUCCAAGAGCCCUUCUCCUCCAAAGAUGUCGAGCGCAAUCCCACGUCCUCUUUCUGAGAUUUCUCCUUCUGAGAAGCGAAGGAACUCUCCUAGUUGGAAGGAGGCCACUAAGAAGACAGCCUUGAACACCGACUCAUCACCAUUCCAGAGCUCCCCGAUGGACGGAAAGGCCUCGCCUCGCCUGUUCUGGCAGAGUAGGAACAAUGAGAACAGCGCUUAUGGCUCAGGCUCGCCCUCACCAACCCGCCGAUCCUCCAUCGAGCGCCUACAGAAGGCCUCACGCGUCAAGAACAGCAACAUCCUCGCCCUCGAGCAGAAGCAAGAGUACGAUCCCACGAGGGUCCCUCAGGUUGAGCGGCCCCUGUCAAAAGUCCAAGGCAACGCCUUUGGCGGCACUGGCAUCAGCGGAUACCGCGACAACACGGCGUUUGCCCACAGCAGAUCGGACAGCCAGAGCAGAAUUCCCCAAUACAGUCCGACAAAAUCACCACCUCCACUAGCCUCGCCGCCGUCUCUGACGCGGAGCUCUCCUCCCAAUGGCCCAAGGCCAGCUAGCAGGGACCAGGCGUCCCCGACAAAGUCGUCGCUCGCACCCAGCCGGUUCAAGAACAGCUUCGACAUCGACAAUGAGCUCAACUCUUCCGGCUCGUCAUACGAAGACCGCCAGCUACCAUCUGGGAUGGCCCUCCAUCGUCAUGCCAAGAGCGUCACAUUUGACGCUGCACCCCCUCAGGUGAAUGAGUAUGAGAUGGCAACUCCAGACAUAUCAUCCAUUGCUUCGAGUUCUCGAGAAGGAAGCAUCGACUCGGAAGAUGAUGAUGACGACGAUGAGGAAGAGCACUACUUCAUGGGCGCUGACGACCAUGACGACAGCUUUGACGCAACUCUCGAGGACACCGUGAAGACGCCAGUUGUUCUCCCAGACGACUGGCGCCAGGACAACCACAUGGACGAAGCUCUCGAGGGGAGUCCCAUGCUUGAUGGCUCCCACAACUUUCCUGAGAUUCCUCAGCAUGAGCGCACAGAUUCACGCAACUCCAAUGGUGACCACAGGCCUUUGCCGCCUCUGCCACCUCCUUCAGGCAUCUUCAGUGAGAGGAGGAACUCCAACUCAUCCGCAGGCCUUUCCGCCACUGCUGAGAGAAUGCUGGGGUCCUCGCGUACCUUGCCGUCCCCCCCGCCUGCUUCUUCCUUCUCAAAGUCUGACAUCCAAAACAUCGGCAAUGGCAAGAUGACGCUUGAAGAGCGACUCAAGCUCAUGAUGCUGUCAGAUGAUGGCAAAUCAGCCGCUGAGCAACAGCGUGAGCGAAGGAUGAGACGCGCUGGAACCCGUGACCGCGCGGACAGCCAGACUCCAGAGGCCGAGCUUCACGAUCCCUUGGUCGCGGCUGAGGAGGACGACACCCUCCCGGAGCUCUCAGGGCUGGGCGACUACGAGCUACCUGAAAAGAUUUCGCGUGAAUCCAUCAUGCGUCGGGUGGAUGGUAAUAAGGCGUCAGAGCGGGAAUCUGACUACAACUUCUCCUCUCCUCCACCAAGCUCCCCUGAGCGCCCGCCUCCUCUGGACCCCGAUGUCCCUAUCCCCAGCACAGAAGGCCCAGCAGAGGACGAGGAUCAUCACGACGAUUAUAUGAAGCACGAGGACGAGCAAGACGAUGACAUGUCAAUCACAGACUACUAUCAACGCUCAGAGUCUGGGGUCGAAGAUAUCGAUGAUGAAGAGGGCAAGGAUGAUGUCGACAAGGCGUACGACUCUGCUAGCAACUACUCUGGCCCUGAGUUGCCACCCACUCCCCAAGAGGAGAAAUCAGAAGAAGAGCCACUGACAACACCUCGUGCCGCUUCUCCUACCCAGCAAGACUCGUCAAUCGAUACAAUCACGGAGAAGGACCUCCCGGACCUCCCGGACCUCCCAGACCUUCCGGACCUUCCCACCAACGAGAAGCACAACCCAUUUACUGACGAUCUGCAAUCGUUCAUGCUCCCAAAGCCCGAUGAGCUUGAGAUGCCUCAAGAGACUGAGGUUUCCGGCUUGCGGAGCCCGUUCAGACCCAAACUCACUCUGUCCAAGCCUGAGUACGACGGUUCCGGUUGGGGUGAGCCUGAUGAGGACGAUGAGGAGCCUAAGACGCCAGACUCUGUCAUUCAUCGCCCCUUGCCGUCCUAUGACGAGGAGGAGGAGCUAGAGGAGGAACGACACUCUCCCGAGAUCCCCGAGACCGUGGCCACCAUCAAGUCCGCCACUGGAUCGAGACUCAAGACUCGUCCCUCCGCCACGCCCGCUGAUAUGGCGGCCAUGAGGGAGCAGAGACGCCAAGUUAGCUGCGAGGUGCCUACCAUGCCCCAAAUCCCCGACCGCCAUCGCAGCCUUGCCCCAGACGUAACGGGUGAUGAGUUCAUGCAGCGCCACCCCAGCUUCAAGAGUCGGAGUCUUACCCUCGACCUCGACCUUGGUCUCAGUCUCGACCAGGACUUUGAGCGAGUAAUCGAGGCACAAAAGCGCGGCUACCUCAUGCGACAGAACACAAAGGUUGUCACUGCGAGUGACAAAGACAACGAAGACUUGCGGCCCCCAACUCGCUCUGCUGGCAACUCUCCAGUGAAGCAGACACGCCCGCAAUCAUGGACAGUCGAGCCGUGGAAUGGCCAGAUUAGGAAGAAGAGCCUCCGCAAGAGACAUACCAGCAAUGGGCCGGUCCCUCCUCUGCCUGGGCAGGAAAGCAACGCAGCCCCGAUGAGCACGGUGGUAGAAGAAGACGCAAGUACGGAUAUCUCGGCCGAAGAGGCCGGUGAGCGAGGCAGAGUGUUUGUAAAGGUCAUGGGUGUCAAGGAUCUUGAUUUGCCCAUGCCCAAGAACGAGCGCACUUGGUUCAGCCUGACCCUCGACAACGGUGUACACUGUGUUACGACCGCAUGGCUUGAACUGGCGAGAAACGCACCAAUUGGCCAGGAGUUCGAGCUGGUCGUUCCAAACGAUCUCGAAUUCCAGCUCACCCUGAAUGUGAAGCUGGAAAGGCCCCCGCCUCAGCGAAUGGCCCAAUCUCCUGCCUCGCCGCGCAAGACCAAGACAUCAACCUUCUCCCGCGUCUUUGCGUCACCAAAGAAGCGCAAGGAGAUGGAACUUCGGCAGAAGGAGGAGGACGAACGACUGGCUCGACAACAGCGAGAGGCAAAUGCCAGGAAGACGGCCGCCAACCCCACCGCCUGGGACCUUCUCUCACCUCUGGCCGCUGAGGAUGGAAGCUUUGCCCGUGCCUAUGUCUGUCUCAAGGAGCACGAGGCACGAUGCUUCGGCCGCCCUUAUGUCGUUGAUGUUGCAUGUUUCAACGAGUGGGCCACAGAGGAAGCAGGAUUCGCUUCGAGCGUGAAGAGCAAGCGAGGUAGUACCUCUGUUGUUCGCAAGGCCCCGUACAAGAUCGGAAAGCUCGAGCUCCAGCUCCUCUUUGUUCCGAGGCCGAAGGGUGCUACCGACGACGAUAUGCCCAAGAGCAUGAACUCUUGCAUCCGCGAGAUGAAGGCUGCCGAGGAACGCCGAUCCCGCAACUGGGAGGGACAUCUGAGCCAACAGGGCGGAGAUUGUCCUUACUGGCGUCGUCGCUACUUCAAGCUUGUCGGUACCAAGUUGACUGCGUACCAUGAGGCCACGCGGCAGCCACGUGCUACCAUCAACCUGGCAAAUGCCAAGCGACUCAUCGAUGACCGCAGGGCGCUGACUGAGAAGGAGACCACCGGCAAGAACGGCAAGCGUCGCCGGUCAGCCUUUGCCGAGGAGGAAGAGGCUUACAUGUUUGUGGAAGAGGGCUUCCGAGUCCGAUUCAACAACGGCGAGAUAAUCGACUUCUACGCCGACAGCCCCGAGGACAAGGAAGGCUGGCUGAAGGUCUUGUCGGAUGUCAUUGGCCGCGACAACUUCGGUAAUGACGAGGACGGCCUCGCCAAUGGUUCCCGCGCCAAGGGCAAGUGGUGUGAUCUCGUCCUUAAGCGGGAGGAUACACUACGCCGCCGAGCUGAGAGUCGACGGCCCAGCCAUGGCCGAACCAAGAGCAGCCUGGUGUAA